AAAUCGAAGCUGUCAAGUCAUAUCAAAGAUUUUCUUCUUUAUCUCUCUCUCCGGUUCCCAGGCAAGGAGGACUCGGAGGAUAUUUCUAAAGCUGAGAUGAUCUUCGUCCGUGCAGUUCCUACAGUUCCCUUCAUGGCGGUGAUUUGCUAGCUUCCUAUUUCUUAGGCUAUAGCAGCUAGUUCUGGGUCGACUCAGUUUGACUAGGUUCCCCUCCAAUCUCUCUUCUUCUCAAGCCAACCCAGUAGAAAACACACAUCCGCGAGUCUAAAUUUUUGGGUGCUGAUAGAAAUAUGAAUUGCGAAUCAUCAUCAUCACUAAGGCGGCGAAGAGUAGCUUCAUUUACGGCGGUGUUCGCGGUCACAAUCCUGCUGCUAAUCAUUGGAAUCUAUACAGAUCAUGGUUUAAUGGAGUUUAAUCCAAUUUUAUCCCAGAAGAGGAGCUCAGCACGCUCUGUUACACAUCGGAAGCUGCUUAAACAUGCAGCAGACAGUGAAGAUGGAAAAGGGGUGGAGCCAAACAGGAUUUGGGGCGACAAGUGCUCAAAAUCAGACAUAGUGAUAAGCCAAGGCGCCACCGAGCCGCUCCCGAAUGGGAUCCCCACUUAUACGGUGGACCCCCAGUAUCCCCGUCAGCUGCGGCUGGUUCAGCUCUGCCCGCCUCGUCAACCCCCGCGUAUUCAAGCGGCUCCGCUUCAAUGA